GUCCCCGCCCCCAAGGCGCGCCGGGCUCUCGCGGCACCGCCGCCAUGUGUUCGUUAGCGUCGGGCGCAGACGGCGGCCGGGGCGCUGUGGAGGAGGAGGACCUGCCAGGACUGUCAGACAGCGGUGACGAGGCCGCCUGGGAGGAUGAGGAAGAUGCCGAUCUCCCCCACGACAAGCAGCAGACCCCCUGCCUGUUCUGUGACAGGUUAUUUACAUCUGCUGAAGAAACAUUUUCACACUGUAAGUCUGAGCAUCAAUUUAAUAUUGAUAACAUGGUUCAUAAACAUGGACUUGAAUUUUAUGGAUACAUUAAACUAAUAAAUUUUAUUAGACUUAAGAAUCCUCCAGUUGAAUAUAUGAAUUCCAUAUACAACCCAGUGCCUUGGGAGAAAGAAGAGUAUUUAAAGCCGGUAUUAGAAGAUGACCUUUUACUUCAAUUUGAUGUAGAAGAUCUUUAUGAACCCGUGUCAGUUCCAUUCUCAUACCCUAAUGGACUCAGUGAAAAUACAUCAGUUGUUGAAAAAUUGAAACACAUGGAAGCCAGAGCACUGUCUGCUGAAGCUGCGUUAGCUGGAGCGCAUGAGGAUCUGCAAAGAAUGAAACAAUUUGCUCAGGAUUUUGUGAUGAACGCAGAUGUCAGAACCUGCUCGUCAUCUACAACUGCCAUUGCAGAGCUCCAGGAGGAUGAGGAUGGCGUUUAUUUCAGCUCAUACGGGCAUUAUGGGAUACAUGAAGAAAUGCUAAAGGACAAAGUACGAACAGAAAGUUACCGAGAUUUUAUAUACCAAAAUCCACAUAUCUUCAAAGAUAAGGUAGUUUUGGAUGUUGGUUGUGGAACUGGAAUUCUCUCUAUGUUUGCUGCUAAAGCCGGGGCAAAGAAGGUUCUUGGAGUUGAUCAGUCUGAAAUACUUUACCAGGCAAUGCAUAUCAUAAGACUAAAUAAACUUGAAGAUACUAUUAUGCUAAUUAAAGGAAAAAUCGAAGAAGUUCAUCUUCCUGUAGAAAAAGUGGAUGUUAUUAUAUCUGAGUGGAUGGGCUAUUUUCUUCUUUUUGAGUCCAUGUUAGAUUCUGUCCUUUAUGCAAAGAACAAGUACUUGGCAAAAGGAGGAUCGGUCUACCCUGAUAUUUGCACUAUCAGCCUUGUGGCAGUAAGUGAUAUGAAUAAGCAUGCUGAUAGAAUUACUUUUUGGGAUGAUGUCUAUGGCUUCAACAUGUCCUGCAUGAAGAAAGCAGUUAUUCCAGAAGCUGUGGUGGAAGUUUUAGAUCCAAAGACUCUUAUUUCAGACCCCUGUAGUAUUAAGCAUAUAGAUUGCCAUACAACAUGUGUCUCAGAUUUGGAGUUUUCUUCAGAUUUCACCCUAAAAAUCACAAAGACAUCGAUGUGCACGGCACUUGCUGGCUACUUCGAUAUAUAUUUUGAGAAGAAUUGCCACAACAAGGUUGUAUUCUCUACGGGCCCCCAGAGUACCAAAACACACUGGAAACAAACAGUAUUCCUAUUGGAAAAGCCAUUUUCAGUUAAAGCAGGUGAAGCCUUGAAAGGAAAGAUCACAGUGCACAAGAAUAAGAAAGAUCCACGGUCUCUCAUUGUGACCCUCACAUUGGAUAAUUCAACUCAAACUUAUGGUCUCCAGUGAAAAGGCCACAAAAGCACUACUUUGCAGUUUUUGUUGUAGGGGAGGGGUGGGGAGGGAGGGGAGGGAGGGUUUUAUGUGAGCGCAUGGAUGAUGGGUCCUUUCCUGAGCCUCCUCAGUAGGAGAGAAGAAGCAUGGCAGGAGUCUGAGGAUGCAGCUAAGGAGGGCACUGCCUGAUCCUGGUGAUCCACCGCCAUAAUCACAUUCUUGGAAGUCUGGUCAGUGAGAUUUAACCAAAUGUAACCCCUACAUUGAGUUUGCCUGUAUUGAAAGUCAUUUAAAUUGGCCUAAAUUUGGAACAGAGAAAGUCUUUUGUUGUUUUUAAUAAGUUUCUUACUAUAAAUUUUAAAUACUGGUAAUUGGUUAGUUAUUUGGAUGUUGUUUUAUUAAACUAGUAACUGUGUACAAGGUAUUACAUAUUUUAUUGCAGAUUUCCUUUCUGAGGAGUAGUUUUAAUUGUAUUUGCUAGAAUAUCAGGAUAUAAUACAUUAAAAGAGCAAGCAUAAGGGACUAAAAUAUGGAAACGAGACCACACAAAUUGUAUUUGAAGACAGCUUAGUUGAUUGCCACAUAAUUCUGUUCUCAUUUUUUAGCUUCUUCUCUCUUUGCAAAUAUUCUUGAGUCAUGUAGUUCUCUAGUAUUGCCCAGGAAAUCUAGUUUCAAUGCAUUUACCCUAGGUUUCAUGAAAGUUUUUAAAGAUUGGGAUAAAUAUGUACUUAUUUACUAAUACGCUUUUCAAACUAGAUUUAUGUGGUAAGUUAAACGUGUAACUGUUAAUAUACUUAUAUCACUCUAUACAAUUGUGUCACUUACAAUUAUUGACUCAGUUUGAAACGCAGAACAGAAAACAUUCAAUUAAAUGUA